AUGUCUAUCACAGAAGAAAGUUUCCCCAAUCGUCUAUGCCAUCCACAACAUCACUCGCACCGCAACAGCCGGUCACUUGAGCAAUCACCGGCGGCGCCUUCGGUACCACAUUCAUCUCCAGUUACGUUGAAUUCGAUAGAGCACACCGAAUUUCAUGGCGAGACAAAACAUAAUCUAAUCAGCGGCGGACCAGAUCUCACUCGGCGUCACCGUCCACGACCUCCGUUGCGCCCUCCCCAUGUGGCCAGAGCUACUGACCGCCCCACCACCUCGUUCUUGGUCCCCGUCGAGGCCGACAUCCCCGCCGCUAACAUCGACCAUGUCAUCCACGGCCGCUUCCACCUCCUCACCUGCAGCGUUGAUCAGAGGCUCAAUGCCGGGUAUGACAGGCUACGCUCACUGCAAUCGAUUGAUGUUCAAUCAUUGAUUGAUGUUCGGUCGUUUCAACUGAAGUUUGAAUCGGCAGAUGGAAUCAAUCUAGAAGUCUGA